CGCUUGCGUGCUUUAGUUAGAACCAGCCCAUUUGCAACGAUGGAUUUGAACAAGAACAAUGCUUUUUUCGAAAAGCUUAAGCAAAAUGUUACUGAUUCAUUCGAUCGUUUGCGGAAGGCCGUCGACAUGCGUGAGAAGUUGCUGCUGAGGCAGCUGACGGUGGUGGUUCAACAAGCACAGCACAUCACAUUCGAGUACGAUAGCAUUCGUUUUCUAUGCGACAGCGAGGAAGAGCUUGUUAGUCGUAUUCGUACGUUUGGCAGGUACAACAUCGACAAUUUCAACGUUAUUCUGCAGAAGGAACCAUACGAAAAUGAAGAUUAUAUACAGCCUUCGAACGAUCAUGAUCUGAUGCACAAAAGCUGUCGCCAGGGCGCAGACGAUGAACGGAACCCAGAGAGUGAAGAGAUAGUAGUGGAGUUCUUUAACAACCGUAGUCUUAUAAAGGACAGCGCUGAGAUGGUGCGAGAAUCGAUCAUCAACCUUACGUUAAACGAAAGUCGGGAAAUAAUUGAUCAAAUGAUAGGGACUAAACCAUGUGGUCUCGUUGGAAUGACCGCCGAAGAACCUAUUUCAGAUGCCAUAGAAUCGUUACGCGUGUGUAAAAUCGAUCAAACAACGCAUCGAAUGCACAGAACUCGGAAUUCUAUAUGUGACGCCCCAUUGGUUUCGCUUUCCGUUCAAGGUGAGCCGCAGCAGGAUGAUGGUAGUAAUAAUAACCUUGUUUGCGUUGCCAACGGCAACUCGAAGAAGGUUCGCAACUCUUCGCGUGAUGGGGAAAAAUGUAUUUCACUUUCGCUGCCACCCCAUCGUAUGAUACCAAAAGCCUCGCAAACCGAUGGACUGAUUAUCACGACAACCGACUCGGAAGGAAAUAUACGGGAAACAAUGCCUGCUUGCAAAGCAGUGACAGACAAACGAAUGAAAAACGUAAAUCAUCUCACGAUGAGUAGCUGUGGCAGCACGAUUAACCUUAAGAAUGUCACAAAUCUUACGAUUAAUGCAUGUGCUGAGCGAUCAUUAUCUAAACCAGUGAAGGAAAAAGAACAUUCGGCGUUGACUGAUCCUGGUAUCGUCAGUAACGUUCAAUCGGAAGAAGGUAGCCCAGAGUGUGGCUUUUACAAGCGGCUCAUAACGGAGAAUAAAAUUCUCCGCAAUCACAUACUCAAGUCUAAGCUGGGUUAUGCAGGAUCAGGGCCAGAAAAGUUGCAGCAACCUGUGAUCAGUUCCUCUGUAUCGAAUAAUUCACUUUCUUCCAUUAUUGAUGGCGUGACCACAAACUCUAACAAGACCGUCCCGACGGAGUCGGACAGUUCCCCGAUUGAUGAUACCAGCACUGCUGCUAACAAUGAGGCUAAUCUCGAUAUGCCUCUCUCGGAGCAGGAAUUGCAGCAAAUGCUGGAGAUGCCUUCUUCCAUAUGCGAAAAAAGUUUGUCAUUCGUUCUAGGUGAAUUGUACGGCAUACCCAAUGGAACAAAUGGUGUGACUGCACUGCCGAGUUCUGCUUCCGGUGAAACCAAGGAACAUACCAUGCAAAUUCAGCAAUGGUUGAAACAAAUCAUUUCCGAAGCCGAAACGGAACCGUUUCAAAACGCAGAAAUGCUUGAGUUUAGCAAAAUUCAUAACUAGUUACGCAAGGAACCAUUUUAACGGUGAUUGUUCCAUGAUAGUGUGCGAAAAACUGUGCGAUUACAAUUAUUCCUGUUUAUUAUCUGUGAUUACUUAGCUUCGGUAUAGCUUCAUUGAGUUGCGAUCGGCCUGUGAUGUGUGUCCUGUGUGUAGACAUGCACGUUUGCUAUACUUAACAAAAAGCCCUCGCCAUGGCUUCGAAUAUGUUUCGAAAUGUUACAAAGAUUUCAUGAACUUGUUCACCUUUUUGAU